GGGCAGGGAGGAGACGCGGGGCUCCCUGCGGUGAAGCUGGCUGCUGCGGAGAUCAGCAGGUCGCAGGCGAGCCCGGAGCAGCGGCUGAGAACGGCCACGGCGGCCACGAAGCCAGCGAGAGCGGCGAAGGUUACCUCAGCCCCCCGGAGCCCGUCGCCUCGCACGCAAUGUUCCCCUACCGGGUGGUGAGCAUCUCUCUAACCUGCUUCAGCUUCCUUCUCAUCCUGGUCGUUGGGGUGUGUCCAUGCUGGCUGCUCUUCAGCUCGGACAUGGGGCCCGUGAAUUUCGGGAUAUGGACUGUGUGCAAGGGGAUUGCCUGCAAGAAUCUGCCCCCCAGGACAAGUGUGCUGGACUCCAGCCGGGGAUUCAUGCUGGUGGGGAUCAUCACUGCCAUCUUCGCCACGUUGUGCUGCCUGGAUUCCUUCCUCCGCCAGGCGAGCAAGUUCUUCCCGGAAACCAACGUCUGGGCCAUGACCUGUUUCACGGCAGGAGUUUGCGGGCUGAUCAGCUCGGUGAUGUUCCUCAUGUUUGUGCUCGACUCGCCCCAGCAGCCCCAGGUCCAGCAGAAGUACAACUGGGCCUUCUACAUGUCCUGGGCCGUGGGCCCUGCCUUUGCCCUCUCCGGGAUCUCCUGCCUCCUCACGCAAAAGCAUUCGCCUGCCCUGGGCACGAAGCCGGGCACCCAGGUGGCCCCGGAGGGGGAGACGGGCGCGGCCCCAGUGUAGCCAGGGGGCGCCGUCCCUCCUCGGCUCCCAGGGCCCCUCCUCCCCACUCACAGCAGCCCUCCUCCUGCGCGGGAUCCUGGAUGCCGAUUGGUCCGUGGCUAUUCCAAGCUCUGACAUCGCCUGACUCAUUACACCAUCGGGAGAUCCAUCCGCCACGGGACUCAGUGUUUGCAGUGCAACUUGGAACUGUUGAAUAUCCUUCCACUGCUGGGACUACUUUCCCAUCGAUGCUAGACAACAUGAUUGGAUAUCCCUUCGCAGUCAGGACUAAUUGUCCUCUCACGUGCCUUAGCGCUAUCAAAUAUCCCUCCACUACUGGGACUUUUCCCCUUACAGCGGCACUUAGCACUGCCAUCGAUCCCUCUAUCACUGGGACACUUUCCCCCCCCAUUGCACUUAGCUCUAUUGAGUAUCCCUCCACGACUGGGACGUUUUUCCACUCAGCGCUAUUCAAUCUCCCUCCACCCAGCGCUAUGCAAUCUCCCUCCACCACCCCCAGGACUGUUUCUCUUUUGGGGCCUUUGUGCUCUCAGAUAUCCCUGCACUGAGGGACUUCUUUUUCUCAGCACCACUCACCGCCGGAGAGUAUCCAUCCACUGAAGGCUCUCCACUUAGCUCCAGCAUGUAUCCUUCCACCCCCCGGACUCUUUCCUCUGUAUUGCACGGCUCUGCAAUUGCCCCGUUACAAUCGUCUCGUCCCCGGGGCUCGAGCCGGGUUCUCGUCACUCCGGCCACGGCGUCUGGGCUGAGCUCAGCUGUUAGGGGAAUCCCGCAGAGCCACGCCUCCCCGUGGCCAAAUGGCCCCAGACAAGCCCCUCGUCUGUUUCUCUUGGUGCCACCAUCACUGAUUGUAUAAAGUCCUGAGAGUUUAAUCGUUUGGUUUGGAUGUGUGAGUCAUUGUGAGAUCGGGAACCUGUUGUCCUGGGCCGUGCCCCGGCUGAGAUC